UUCCACCAUGAAUGUCGUCACUUUUCUGGUGCUGGUAAUGUUAAUGACGUCAGUGUCUACUGUUCCCGUCCUACAAAGUGAUUUAGAAGAAAGAACCCCGCACACAACUGCUCCACCAAACACUGAUCAUGGAAUUUUGCAACAACUCGGGGAGUAUUUCAGAGGUAGGGAUAUUCCGGAAAGUCCUCUGCCCGCAAACACUGUGGACGAGAGCGCAGCCAGGGAUGAUAUUUUACACGAACUUGGAGAGUACUGGAAAGGGCGACUGGCUGCCAUGAUUAAUCAAGCCAUUCAUCAACCGAUAAACCUUUUUUCUCACUUUCUUGGAAAUGGAAAGUAAAUUUGAUCAAAAAUUUUUAUGACUAA